UCGCUUUACAUGGGCGCGCUGGAGAUGACCAAGAGUAACGUAGGAACCGCCACCGUCCGGCUAGGAUUCUCCAAGGCCGCCGCGGCAAAGCUGAGCGCCGCCAUGGCGGCGCAGUUAGUGUGGACCCCCAUAAACGUAGUGAGCCAGAGGCUAAUGGUUCAGGGUAGUAGUAGUAGUGUGGGGUUGAAGAGCUACAAUGGCGGAAUAGAUGCGUUUAGGAAGAUAAUUUGCAGCUAUGGAGUUAGGGGAUUGUACAGAAGGUUUGGGAUUUCGAUUCUAACUUACGCUCCUUCAAACGCAGUGUGGUGGGCUUCAUACUCUGUGGCUCACAGGCUCAUCUGCGGCUGCAUUGGUUGCCAUGGUUGCAAGAAGGAGGACGACGGCAGCCGUUUUCGGCCGGAUGGGAAGGCCGUGGUGGCCGUCCAAGGGCUGAGCGCCACCUUGGCCAGCGACGUCUCAGCCUUGGUCACAAUGCCACUCGACACAAUCAAGAUCAGACUGCAAGUGUUGGACAGCGAAGGGACCAAGACGGUUAGGAACUUGGUUAAGGAAGGUGGAUUCACGGCAUGUUACAGAGGAUUGGGUCCGAGGUGGGCUUCCAUGUCCAUAUCUACUACAACCAUGUUCACAACCUACGAGUUUCUCAAGCUAGCGCCUGUCUACCAAGAAUCAGCUAGGGGAUUAGUCAGGAUGUCCAAACGCCUGUCUACCAAGAAUCAGAGCAUCUGUUUAUCCAGAAUCAGCCAGGAAAUUAGUCACGGUACGGUGUUUGAGCGCCUCUCUCCCAAGAAUUAG